AUGUCGUCUCAGCGACACGAUAAAGAAAAGGCGGUGAAUGUGCAGGUCCUCCUCCGUUGCAGGUAACGACGGAAUCGAGAUACGGUUACUAACUCCUCUCGUCGCUGGUUACUGUCUUCAGGGAUGGAGUUUUAGGGUUCUUGUGGCCAUUUUGGUGGAGAUCCGUGAUUUACCCCUCGUUCAUCUGCAGUAUUUUUCUGGAAAUGCGUCGUAUAUGACGGAUCUGUCUUUUUUCUUCAAUUCAAACUGCCGUUUGUUCUUCCAGGCCGUUCAGCGAGGACGAGGUGAGAAACAACGCGCCGCUAGUGGUGACAUGCAACGAGUUCCAGAGAGAGGUUGCUGUCACGCAGACAAUCGCCGGGAAGCAGAUUGAUAGAGUAUUCACAUUUGAUAAGGUAAGUGAUCUUUUCCGUUCUGGCCCCGUCGGUUUUCUUCUGAAGUUUCCAGAGAAAUGAUAACUAUACUUUGUUUUCCGAACCGUCAGAUUUUGUUCUACUACAUCUCAGAAACCCUAUGAAAUUGAAUGGUGAUUCAAUUUAUUUCUCCUUUUGAGAAAAGUAGGGAAUAUAGCAAAGUCGAGUACAAUUUCAUGUUUCUUAUUCAGACGGUACAUGUUAGAAUAUCUCUUGCUCCUUUCAUCUGAAAUUGCAUUGCUGACUGUAGAUAUUUCUCUGCCCUGGAUGGUAAGGUCCAAUUUUGAUUGUCCAUUGUGCUGAGGAGCCCAAAUGCGUUAUUCGUCGGCAUGUCGAGUUUUUGGUCGGCAGGUUUCAUUAUGUGAAACCUGUUCACCUCAUCGCAUUAUUGAUGUGACCAUGGGCGUCCCUUAGGCUGACCUAUCUAAUAGAAUGCAUAGAUCUAAAGGUAUAUUGCACUAAUAACCCCAAAGGAAGUGGUGCACUCGAUUGUUUCAAAUGAGAUACGUUUGUCUUAUAGAAUAGUAAGCAGUUCAAUAUGAAAUGAAGGCUGAAGUCUGGAAGAGAAAUAAAGGUAGCUUCAAUUUUAAAUCAAUAUUGAACUCAUUAGGUUGUUGCAGCAUGAAUUGGAUAAUAUGGCUUACAAUUUUGUUCCAUUUACACGGCAUGAAUGGAAAAUACCUUAAUUUUUAGGAUUCUUACUUAGUACUUCUUGCUUGAAAUGCGCCGGAUACUAGAGUUUGUACUGCAAUUGUCUGGAAAUGGAAUCUGGAAAGAACGGAUGAUAUGUUUGCUGUCCUUUCUUAUCAUUCUCUAUUUUUUUCCUCUAAGUUUUGUAAUGAAUUAGGUCUAGUGAGUAUUUGCAUUGUGAUGCUUGCCUAGUUUUAUUCUUGUUUUUGUGGUAAAAAGAAAUGUAUGUUGUAGACGACCAAUUCUGAAACGACAUAUUUAUAUUUUUUAUAUAAUAUACAAAAUAUUAUUUGAUAAAUAAAGGUAUUUUAUACAAUUUUUAUUUUAUUUUGGACAUAUGAAACAUGUAAUGUUUUAUUUAUUUAUCAUCUUCGAAAAAAUGGAGCAUGAAUUAACGGUGAAUGAUCUAGUUCAUUUUUUUUAUUAAUGAUGAUCAUAUUCAUCUGUUUUUUUAUAUAUUACUGAUGAUCAUAUUCAUCUGUUUUUUUUAUAUAUUAAUGAUGAUUAUGUUCAUAUAAGUUCAAAUUUAUACACCUUAUGAUUAUGAUCUGAUUGACGGAUAGGCUGAAAAUUGAAUAUGUGGAAUCUAAAUUUCAUCAUCUUCACUUUGUGUUCACUACAUCAAUUAUGCAGUCAUAUGCCUCACUUUGAGUCGAGGAUAAAUUAACGGCGAAUUUUUCUCAAGCAGGUUUUUGGUCCUUCAGCUCAGCAGAAGGAUUUGUAUGAUCAAGCUGUCAUUCCAAUUGUAAAUGAGGUGUUGGAGGGUUUUAACUGCACCAUUUUUGCUUAUGGACAAACCGGCACUGGAAAAACUUACACAAUGGAAGGGGAAUGCAAAAGAUCAAAGGUAGGAUUAGGAAUUUUUUAUAGGUUUCCUCAGUAAUUUAAUCUCUUUCUAUAUUUAUCUCAUCACAUAGAAAGCUUCUAAACAUUCGCAAUACCCCUGCUGUUAGAUUAUGGUCUGGAAUCAUGACUCCAUCAUUAUAUAUUUUGUCAGAGCGGUCCUAACGGUCAACUGCCUCCUGAUGCGGGAGUAAUACCCAGAGCAGUCAAACAGAUAUUUGACACUUUAGAAAGUCAAAAUGCUGAAUACAGCGUUAAGGUUACAUUCCUUGAGCUGUAUAAUGAAGAAAUCACAGAUUUGCUGGCCCCUGAAGAGCUUUCAAAACUUGUCUUGGAAGAGAAGCAGAAAAAACCCCUGCCUCUUAUGGAAGAUGGCAAAGGGGGUGUUCUUGUUCGAGGUCUUGAGGAAGAGAUUGUGACAAGUGCUGGGGAGAUUUUUAGUCUUCUAGAAAGAGGUUCUGCAAAACGUAGAACUGCAGAGACCCUUUUAAAUAAGCAAUCCAGGUCAUUUUUGAGGAUUUUUUUUCUGUUUAUCCAUAAAAAAUGUUUGUACUUAUGCGUUUUCUGAAUGUUGUUUUCCCUUCUUUUUUUUCUCUUCCAGUCGGUCCCAUUCUCUAUUUUCAAUUACUAUCCACAUCAAGGAGGCAACUCCAGAAGGUGAAGAGCUUAUCAAAUGUGGGAAGCUAAAUCUUGUUGACCUUGCUGGCUCAGAAAAUAUAUCUCGAUCUGGUGCAAGGGAGGUAUUAUAAUUGCUUCAAUUUUAUUUUAUUUUGGUACUGUUGUAAUACUCCUGUAUAUGUUGAUAUAAAUAAAUAAAUAAACCUUGCGGGUCCACUUUGUUCAGUUAAUCAGUUUUGAGUUGGAUUGAUAACUCUAACACGGUAUCAAGAUGAUUCUACUUGUGCAUCAUGGAUCCCUUUAUGUUGUUCACAUGAUAACACUCCAAAGUUCGGCUUGCACAUGGGGAUGUGCCAGAGUAAUCUCGUUUAGGUUAGUUUAAUAUUAACUUGUGGAUGCAAAAAAUUGGUCCACUAUACUCGUAGUAAACUGGUCAGAUUGAUGGCUUACUACCCAUAACAGAUACUAAAAUGAGCAUGUGUAUUAAAAAGCAUGUAUUCUUGUGAACAACUGCUGUUAAUGCUUUACAUCCUUCGAAACGUGACUGUUCUCUCUCGUAAUUAUUAUCUUCAUUCCUAGGGCCGUGCGAGAGAGGCUGGUGAAAUCAAUAAGAGCUUACUUACAUUGGGUCGUGUCAUUACCGCACUGGUAGAGCAUCUUGGGCAUAUCCCAUACAGGUUCUUUCUUUCAACUAUAUAAUUUAUUUGCUGUGAUUCUUCUCCAAGCAUACUGUAUGUUAUGUUAGUAUAUCCCAUAUGUUAUGUGCCAUACAGGGAUAGCAAGCUUACUCGUUUGCUGCGUGAUUCACUUGGUGGGAAGACUAAGACAUGUAUUAUUGCAACUGUUUCACCAUCUGUUUACUGUCUUGAGGAGACACUCAGUACAUUGGACUAUGCUCACAGGGCCAAGAAUAUUAAGAACAGACCUGAGGUUUGCUAUUCACAUGACACAUCUUGCAUAAUUGUUGGAUCAUAUUGAAAUCCCUUCUGCCAUAUCUUUUUCUGGUGUUCACAAUUUUUGAAAUUAAUUACGAAUAGUUAUUCAAUGGCUAUGGCUGCAAAAUAUUGUGUCUUUGAUGUAUGUUAAUUAUUCGCAAGAAAAGUCAAAGCAUAUCCAAUCCCUCAAAAUAGCAAUUAUAAACUGACGGCUGUUAAAAUGCCCCUAUAAACCGUAAAUUCAUCCCUAUCUGAUUAAUUAUCAGUCUUGCCAUUAUUUUACCCUUCAUGUAAACAAAAAGAAAGGUUUCAUCCAUCAAGCAUUUCUCUCAGUUGAAUAAGUGAUUGUUCUGCGAUUUUUUAGUUUCAGUGUGAUGCCCUGGGGAAUGCAUACUGACGCAUGGAUAGUAGUUCUUUCCAUUAGAGUCUGCACCCAGUUAGAGAAACUGCGCACAUGAGAAACUCUGUAGCUUAUAUUUCCGUUUGAAUUACCAACUGUGCUCCUAUGUAUCUCCUUUGUAGCUGUUGAAACGUGCCAACCAGUUUUUGUCGCCCUGCAAAGCAUGCCAUUUUUUAUGUCAGGAGCACCUUAGGAACAAGUAAUUUUUCUUUCUCCUAGCUACAUAGGUAGCAAGAAUAGUUCAUUAUUCAAAUGUGGGACAACAAGAUCCUCACUUUCCUAGAAGAAGCGGCUUCCAGAUCUUAGGUGCCCACAGAUACUUGAUUCCUUAAUCAUUGGUUAUAAAUUGUUAAGCAAAUGUUGAGUUGUUAGCAAUUGUAUUCUAAUUAGAAAAUAUGUGCAUUCUUUUAUGGUGGAAUAGUCUGAAUGAUAUGCAUGAAUAUUUCACUCAGUAGAAUAUCUAAGAGCCCCGUUCAUGUCUAUAGAUAGACGGAUACGUGAGCCAAACCAUGAAUUUCAUCUCAUGCAUUUCCAAUGAGUUUUCAAUAGUUUUUGAUAAUAUUAACAAUUUAUCGUAGUAAUCUCAUAUCAUAGGUAAUGAACUUGGAAAAUAACUAAUAUUUGAUGCUUGUAUUUCUGCAGUGUAUCACAUCUCUGAAUUUUGUCUCAUUAUUCCAACACAAUUUUAUUUAGUGACAUUAUUGGGUUUUUGGUUUUUGAUGCUGCUGUUGUGGCACUGUUUUUGAUAGUAUGCCGCAAUUAGUUUAUGUUUUUUAUUAUCUUCCUUCAGAGUGUGAUAUGGGUUCCAUAGCGAUAUUCACAUGUGUGGCAGUCAUCAACUAGGUCACUAGAGUUGGGUUAGACUGGUUGCCAUCUCCAGCUUGGUUUUCUGGAGUAUCGAGGAAAAGACCCAAUACUAUAAUGUCUUGAUAACCCUUCCAUUAAGUUCUAUCUCGGUUUUGUUUUAAAAAAGGAGAGGUGGGCCCUUUUAUUUUUAAAAUAUGAUAAAUCUUGGGUCGAAGGCAUGCUUGUUGUGGUUCACGUACUCUUUGUGGGGCAUGUUGUCUGGUUUUGCCUGUUGUUUUAAACUGUCAAUAAGUUUGUGUAAAUUCACAAUAUGAUGGAGGAUCACGAGUAAACUAACUCGUCUUUGCUUUGGAAAAAACAAAUGUAAGCUAGUCCUAAGCUGUUGAUUUUGGUACUUCUAGGUGAACCAGAAAAUGAUGAAAUCUACAUUGAUCAAGGAUCUCUAUGGGGAGAUUGAUCGACUUAAAGCAGGCAAAUAGGAUUCAUAAAUCCUCCAUUUUAUAUCUCAUUUCAACGUGAGUUGUUGCUUACUGAAGUUUUUUUAUACCAGAGGUAUAUGCUGCAAGAGAAAAGGUUGGAGUUUACAUACCAAAAGAGCGGUACCAGCAAGAGGAAGCUGAAAGGAAGGUAUACUCUGCUCUGAAAAAAACUAAUUUGAAAAAAAAUGUUUCGGUGUUUUUUUUAUUUUUUUUCUUCUCAUGUUAUCUACUCAAUUACUUGGGGUUAUAUGGCGUUUGAAUUUGGUUAAUAUAUAAUUAUAAAAUUUUCAGUCUUCUGUCGUUCACUCAAUGUAACUUUUGUUUCUAAAGGGAAUGGCAGACCAGAUUGAGCAGAUGAAUGCCAUGUUAGAAACCAAUCAAAAGGUAAUGCGACUUUUUUGUUAGGCAUUCUUUAUAAAGCACAAUAUAAUUUUCAUUGCAUUCGUGCUCUUUUCCAUAGUAAAUUCUAAAAUAAUGUUAUUGAACAGCAAAUAAGUGAGCUGCAAGAGAAGUAUAAUGCUCAGGUACAGCAAUGCUCGGACCUCAGCAAAAAGCUAGCUGCAACAGAGGUAUUUUUUUUUAACAUUAUGUUGCUUGAUGCUUUUGAAUUAUUUUAAGCAUACAUAAGUUAUUGAAAAAACUUACAUUUGCAGAAAAGUCUUGAGCAUACUAGUAAGAUGCUUGGCACUACAAAGGAAGAAUUGAAGCAUACCCAAUACGUUCUGAAGGAGAAAGAGUUUAUUAUAGCUGAGCAGAGGAAGGCUGGUCCGUGUGUUUCCAUACCAUAUAUGAUCAUGAUUACUUUUUCUGAUCUUUUUCUUAACCUCUUAAACUUUCGUAACAGAAAAUGCAUUGGCGCAUCAGGCAUGUGUGUUGCGAUCUGAUUUGGAGAAGUCAAUACAUGAUAACGCAUCACUGCAUUCUAGGAUUGGUAACCUUCCGCAUGUUCAAUAACUUAUGCACCAAAAACACUUGACAGCAUGUGCUGACAUUAUUUCGUGGAUAUAAAUGUAGUUAUCGUUUUCUCAUUGGUUUUCAGUUUUUUUCCUCUUGGUUUGAAAAUUUUAAAUCUUGUUCACAUCGCAGAUAGAGAAGAUCAACUGAGUGCUGCAAACAGGUCAAUAGUAAACAACUUCCAAGCGGAUCUGGAAGAUAAGAUAAGGACACUUUGCAGCACUGUUUCUUCUUUCAUUGCCCGACAAAAAGAACAGCUUGAAAGUGUAGAAGAGAUCUGUAAAGCUUGUAUAGAAUAUCAAGAUAAGGUCAGGAUCAUGCCAUGUUGUCCAUGUCAAUAACUCAUAUCAAUGGUUGAGGUAUAGAACUUUGUGUCCUUGUUUAUCGUGAGAUUUUGUCAUGCAGUCGUCAAUGGAAUUAGCUGAGAAAGUAUCAGCUUCAAGGGCGCUGUAUAUUUCUCACGUUGAAACAAUUCAAAAUGUUGUCCGGUUGCACAAGGCAAACACAGAUGGCAGUUUGGAUCAGAUGUCUUCAUUGAUUUCUGGAAACAGUUGCUCCCUUGAAGAAGUCAGUACCUAUACAGCUGCAAACCGUUUGUUCCUUAUUAUUUGCCUCGGGUUUAUGGUUCAGCACUUACCAGGAGGUAUUUGCUCCAUCUUCAAUUUUUCAUCAGGUACUGACUUCAGGGGAGAAAAUGGGCGAUCAACUAGUUGGCGAUAUUCAGGGGAUGUUGUCAGCUCAUCGAGGAGAGAUUACAUGCUUUGCUGAGGAGCUUCGAGAUGUUAGUUUUCUUUUAUUUCAUAACCAAUUCGCUACACUAUGCAUCACACUUUUCUUCUGGAGUGUGCUAAGAACCCGUAAAAUUUUAUAUAUUUCUUUCUCAGAGAUUCCAGAAGGGUAUGGAACAGUCCAAGGACAUGUCCGACUUCGUUCUUGGGUUUCUCAACAGACUGGGAGAUGAAGCACAAACGUUUUAUGAUCAUAUGAAUUUGAUGCAUGGUGCACAGGGAAAACACAUUACCGAUUUCCAGAAGGCAUUUGAGGUUACUUUCUAUUCUCGGUUUCAAGAAGAUGAGUUUUUUUUUUUUCAUUAUCCUCUUUGGGAUUUCUUAUUUCUAUGAAAAAUAAACAGGAACAAUCUAGAUCUGAAACAGAGAAGCUUUUAGCGGAGGUCACUAGUUUGGUCUCUGGACACAUGUCUCGCCAGAUGGAGCUGGUUAGUAUGAUUUAUGACGUCAUUUUGUUUUGGCAUCUGGGAUUAUGAGGAAAACAAAGUGAUCUUCCCUUGCCAGGUAUCUGGGAGGCUCAAUGGUCUAGAGGUAGCUGCUGUCGAGAACAAAGUAGUUCUGGACGCGCACACCUCGUCACUCAAGGGAAUCACAAAUGAUGCCAAGAGGAAGUGGGAGCAACUUUCUGUCAAGGCAGAUAAUGAUUCUAGAGAAAGUGCUGAUUUUUCUGCGGCCAAACAUUGCCGCAUGGAGGUUAUGCUGCAGAAGUGGUAGGUUUUCUCUAAAAUCUUCAUCUGGCUCUUUCUUUUGCUUCCUCUGUUCCUUGGUAUUCUCAACUGCAAGCUCUCUUUACAGGGCAUCAUGCCUCACCAUGGAGACGUCCUUUUCUCCACUAAUUUGAUCUGCUUCCUUAUUUCUUUAGAACAAUCGUAGAUUUUUCUAGUUAAAUAUAUUUUUCCAAAUCUUUUAGCAAACUCUUUUUAAGUUUAUAACGUGCAUAAUUUCUUGGUGUUUUGAUGUUAAAUUGCUUCUCUAAUAUGGCCUUGCGUCACAACAAUCUCUCUCUCUCUCUCUCUCUCUCUCUUGACCAGUGUUGACGCUGUUGGAGUCGCUUCCGAGCACUGGAAGGAUACAAAUACAUCUGUCAAGGACAUAAGCUCUCGACACGUGUCAACAAUGGAGAAAAUGAUCAGGUUGCUUCUGUGUAGAGACCACUUUACAACGCCUUUCCUCGUGGAUUUCAUCCACCGCAUCCCCUUAUUGCUCGGGGUUAAUCUGUUAUCUUAUGCGUCUGGAUGCAGAGCUACCACCGAGAGUAAUGAACAGCAUGAUCUUGAGAUCGCUUCAACACGCCAUGUUGCCGAAGAGGAAGUGGCCAACAGCAGCGAAGACAUUCUUUCCCAUUUCGCAUGUAAAAUCCUCUUCCCUAACUUGUCGUUCCCUCUUUCAUCACAUCUUCCCUUUUAUGGAACUAUCGUCCAAGAACACAUGCAUGCUUUUAUCUUAAGCUGGGUUAGUAGUGACUUGCUAUCAAUCCUGCUUCAAACAACUGCAGCCGUUUCGGAGCACGGGCGGGAGUCGUCGUCAAGAAUCAUUGCUGCGGUUGAAAUCCACAGAGGGCUCCUCGAGAAUCUACACGAGGACCACGCUUCCGGGGCGUCUAAAAUCGAGCAGCAAUCAGAGAACACCUUCCAGGAGAGAUACCAGGCAAGCUAACUAGCUAGAUACCUCCUCCUUCCUGGUUCCUUUUAAUCCUCCCACGUCUGAUAAAUAAAUUAACCAAAAAAAACCCUCUGGCAGGACUAUAAACCCACGGGGGAGACCCCCGUGAAGUCGGAGCCGGACCUGCCGAGCAAGGGGACGAUCGAGUCCCUCCGGGCCAGGCCGAUGGAGGCCCUCCUGGAGGAGUUCUGGGAGAACCAUCCGCGCGAAGCCGCCGGCAAGGACGCCAAGUCAACGGCCAUCCCGCGCUGCCCCCUCAUUCAGCUCAACUGA